CCUGCGAUUGUAGGCGCACUCCUGUGACACCUCGCUCGCAUCAUUCAACAGGCAAGACGAUCUCCAGAUCAUAGACAGGGGAUGACCAGAUACACAUGACAACUUGUAUCCACCCCUUCCACGAGCAUGGCCGUACUCUUUCAACCCCUGCUGCACCAAGCUGCAGAAGAGGAGCCACCCUCCCUUAACAAAAGACGUGUCCAAUCAUCACCGCCUCCAAACCCUCCGCAUCUCAUCUCGGCGCUUACAGACACAAUUGGAGCACGUCCUUCUCACUCUUUACUUUUCUCAGGAGCACGACCGAACAACCUUUCGACACAGUUCGCGUUGGACCCUCUGUGAGAUCGCAAUAUCUCCCUCCACCUUCACACGCCGCUCCGUACAGCUGGCCUGUCAGCGGUCGCCAACUGGUAUUCCCUCUCACCAAUGGCUUGACGCCAACGCCUGUGCCUCAUGCACGCGAAUAAUCGUUGCCCGAAAUGUCUCCCGUCAGCAACAGCACCACCACAUCUCGAUCGCCACACACUCGUCUGGCUCAAACAGCCGCCGAUGUUUCGUCUUCUCCGCUGGCGGACGCCCAUGCCUACAUUGCAGCCUCUCGCAAGCCUGCCCACAUUGUGCUGAACAACAAUCUCAUCCCACGGGACUACUUGACCUCUUCGUCAGGCUCGAGGUCCGGAGGUCUCGGUCAACAAGGAAGGGCCCCGGAGGUCAACAAUUUGCACGAGGCGAGGACGGAUUCUCAUGACGUUCAGAAGAGCAACUCUCUAAACAUACCGAAGGGCAAGAGCCCCUUGAACGGUCAACCCCAGAUUCGGACGACCGCAAUACCUGGCGAUAAUACUGCGCUGACCCUCCAGAGGACGAAGAGCGGGACCAGCGACUCGGGGCCGCAGGAAAAGGUGGAAAGCGCUCUGUCCGGCUCUGCCGUAUCCUACACUGCGUCUUCAGUAGGGGCACGUCCCCCUCCCAUGAUGCCGCGAACAUCAUCCAUAGACUCCGCCAUUUCAAAUAUCUCAGGCGUUUCGCUGCCGCAAAAGCCGCCAGGGGAGGUGAAAGACCCAUCGCAUGAGGAUGUCUACAACCUGAUAGCCACAGCAGGAUCCGCAGAAUCUCUGAUAGCACAUCUCCUGAGGGAUAAGAGCCAAGCUGCGGCACAAAAUGCGCAGCUCUGGAAACUCGUGGACAAACAAAGGGUCUUACUCCUGGGUCUGAACAAGGAUCUAGAGCGUAUGACAAAAGAAAGAGAUCGCUAUCGCAAGAAGGCAAAAGAGGUGCAAAUACAGCCUUCUGUUGGCCCAGAUGAUCAACCCCGUCCUCAACUUGGCGACUCGCCGCAGUCCGAAGGAGACUAUGCAGGCUCUUUGAGUGAGGGCAAUCAUGUGGUCGGCCUGGAUCUGCCCCAGUCAGAGCAGGAAACACCGAGCAAACCAUCCAGUGCACGGAUGGACAAUUCACCGAUCGAUCCAGCAAUGAUGCCGCCACCACUCCAUCUGCAGCAGGCACCACGGACGCAAAGCCUGGCAACACAUCUGGCACAACCAGUCUUUUCUGUGACCGAAGCGACACCACUCUCGGAAAAGCCUACCAAGUCUUUCCAAGCUUCGAGAAAGGCUCCACCCAGACCUCUUGACUUGCGUCCGGUGAAGGAUGAUGCGUCUGUUAACCCAAUCCUCGCUGCCUCAGAAGUAGUAAUCAGCGACGGAGAUGACGACGAAGACCGAGAACUUCUGCAACGAGGCAGGCGGAAGACUCGAGAAGAAGACGAUCGUGAACGGGAGCUUCUAGCCAUCCAAGAACAAGAAGCGAGGAGUCAAUCGAAGAAAGAACAAAAGGCCAAGGGUGAAGCGGGAGAAAUCAUGGUUGAAGAUAUUCCUCAGCUUCCAGCCGAUCUACCUCCAACACUGCCUCCCUCACAGCCCCUGCCGAAGCCGCCAGCGGUGAUCGAUCAUCUAUCUCCAACCUCGACGCUCUCAGUAUCAUCUGCACAGCUCUCAAAUCCUCUACGAAGUCCUGGCCUUCCCAUGAGCCCUCGACCCUUCGCCAACACCCUCGUACCGGGCUCACUUCCUAUGUCGCCGCGUGCACCGGCUAGCAACUUUCCCCUGUCUCCACGAGCACCAAAACAAGCUUUGCCUGCCCCCACCACCCCAGGUCAGCAAGCUCCCGCGCCAGACAGCCAAAAACGAGUCGGUCCUUCACCGCUGGCGAAAGUGGACAGCAAUACCAGUAUCGUGGACCCCAGCCGCAAUGAGUCUCCCCUGAGUAAAAAUGAGAUACCAGCAGUGGACCGUUCGCUCAUGAGCCCGACCUGGCCUGACUUUCUCUUACCACCGAACGCUCUACCCUCCAUCCAGAUCAAAGUAGCCUCGUCGCGACUGCGCCCUUCAAGAAACAGUAUAAUUGGACUCAAGGCGGUGGAGGAGAACUCGGUAUUUAGUCUAUCAGUCUUUGAGCGAGCAACUUCUCGUGAGCUUUGGCGCAUCGAAAAGAUGCCUAGCUCAGUUCCGAACAUUGAUCAGCAACUCCGACCAUAUUGUGAGGACCUGCCUAAACUACCCGACAGAAGGCUGUUCACUGGCCACUCUCCAGCCAUGGUUGAUGCGCGAAGAGCAGCGAUAGAGACCUACUUCGAAGGUCUACUUGACACACCCAUGGAUGAAAAAGCUGCGACCAUUAUCUGUCGGUUCUUGUCUACUGACGUGUUGGAGCCGCAACCUCCGCCUCCUGCUCAAAGCGGCGACGACACACAAAGCGAAACAGUCCAAUCCUCAUAUGCUGGCAUUCCAACCAAAUCAGGCUAUCUCACAAAGAAAGGCAAAAACUUCGGAGGAUGGAAAUCAAGAUACUUUGUUCUUGACAGUCCCGAAUUGAGAUAUUUCGAAGCACCAGGUGGUGCCCAUCUGGGGACCAUCAAAUUAUUGAAUGCACGGAUCGGCAAACAGUCUCAGAGUGAUCCUCCAUCAAGUGAGGUUGACAGCGAGAAUCAAUAUCGGCAUGCGUUUCUUAUUCUCGAGCCCAAGCGCAAGGACAUGAACAGCCAUGUGCGUCACGUACUAUGCGCGGAAAAUGACUUCGAACGAGACGAAUGGGUGGAGACAUUACUGCAUUACAUCGACGAAAAGCCCGCAGAGGCUCGGCCGCAGUAUGGUGCCGGCAUCCAGGCCUCGUAUGGCAAGGACGUCAGGUCCGUUCAGAGAGGCAUACAUGAAGAUGCUGAUCCAAGAUCGGCCGGAAGCCCCCAAUUCAAUCAAUCUCUCGGCGAGUCUUCAUCACCGUCAAACACGUCCAGUCACACCCCUGACCUAGCUCCCGAAUCUGGUCCAACGCCUAAGUCCCUCAUCUCAAAGCCCAUGAAUGCGACUGUCAUUCCUGAUGCUGGGCUGUGGGGAAACAAGCACGCAGUAUCCGGUGGCAGCAAGGAGCGGGAGCAAAAGAAGCGUAACCUCUUCUCCCAUUUCAGAAGACCUUCGCAUGAGCAGUUGGCUCCUGUGCAGCAACAGUCCCACCCCCAGUCAAGACGGGCUGAGCUUAGCGCUCAUCGAAACGGCCAUGUGAGGCCUGUAUUUGGCAUGCAACUCCAAGAGGCGGUCGAAUACUAUUCUCCUGUUGACGUGAAUGUGUAUCUUCCUGCGGUGGUUUAUCGGUGCAUUGAGUUCCUUCGAGUCAGGAAUGCUUCGAGUGAAGAAGGGCUGUUCCGGCUUAGUGGAUCGAACAUUGUCAUUCGACUUCUCAAGGAGCGGUUCAAUACUGAAGGAGACAUCGACUUGCUUGCAGAGGAAGAGGAAGAUUAUGAUGUGCAUGCGGUCGCUUCCCUCUUCAAAACAUAUCUUCGGGAAUUGCCAGCCACUAUCCUGACGAGAGAACUGCAUCUGGACUUCCUGAAGGUGUUGGAACUGGAUCAGAAGCCGCAGAAGAUUGCGGCGUACAAUGGUUUGGUGCAUCAGCUGCCGCCUGCCAAUUUCCAUCUACUACGAGCUCUCUCACAAUAUCUGCUCGAAGUGGUGCAGAACUCGGAACGAAACAAGAUGAGCGUCAAGAACGUAGGCAUCGUUUUCUCGCCCACACUCAACAUUCCAGCACCAGUGUUUGCAAUGUUUUUAACGGACUUUGAGGCCAUCUUUGAAAGACCCAGCGAAGAAGAUUCGAUCCAGUCCACAGAGUUUGAGCGGAAAGGCUCCUUGACUCCUGAGGACAUUCGAUCACCUCGACGGCAGAUGUUCUCUGACCUGCCAACGCCUGCUUACAACCAGAGCAGUUUCUCCCAGAAUGCGACCAUGACCCCAAGCUCUCAAAAUAUCGGCGACCCCGACAAAUACGUCGACACUGGAGAAUUCGGGUUUUCGUCAAUCCAGCCUUCUUACGAGACUCGAAGCUACGUGUCUGUACCGCAUGAGCAGCCUAUACAACCACGAUACGGAGGAGCCAAUAACAUGUUAGCACCUGACAAUGCGGCCAGUGUCAAGGCUAAGCGUAGGGAAAGCUCGAUGCUGUUUCUAUGA